AAAUCAAUGCAGCAAGGCUGAGAUCUUUAUCACUACAGAGCCUUGCAAUAGCAGAAGAGAUAUUUCAAGACUUGAUUUUCAAGUUUCACCUCCUUGAGAAUCUAAAAGUGGUAUGCUGUGGAUUGCCAAGAAAACUUGAGUUCUAUAAUGGGAGGCUUGCAAGUUUAGUGGUGUUCAAAUGCAUGAAUCUGGUUGAUUUUGGGAUUGAUGCUCCAAAACUCAUUUCAUUCAAUUAUACUGGUCAGAUGUUGCAAAUAUCUCUCAUGAACACUUCUUGCAAACUUCAUGUGAAACUUCAUUUAAAACCUAUUGCUGUUGAUUCUCUUUGGUUCUCUGAAUUGAGGGAGAUUCUUGGGUGGUUUGGUCAUGCCCAAAUUCUAACAAUAUGUUGCAAGGCUCAUAAGACAGAAAGGUUCAUCAUUCCAAAAGAAUUAAGGGAAAGUACAAUCCCUCCACUACUUGAUCUAAAGCACUUGCAGCUAACAACAUCCUCAGAACCAAUAAUGAAUUAUGAAGAACUUAUUGAUAGUUUGCUGUGGAUUUCUCCCAACAUUGAGACUCUAUUUAUAGAUACGGGUUCCAGCAGCAAAACUCUAAAGUUUGAACCUACGGACCUACCCGGCAAAUGGGAAGAAUGAAAUUGUUACAGGUUCUUUCUUGCUCAAA